CGCCGGGAGUCCGCGGCCCACUUCCGGCAAUAAUCGCCUCGACGUCGUCAGGUGCGGGCCCAGGUCGCCGGCGCGCCAGGUGGGCACGGGGGGCCGCGGGCGUGUCAGGUGAAGACUGGGGGCCGCAGGCGCGCUAGGGUUUUCAGGAGCUGCUAUUAUAAACGUACAGUGGUUAGGAGCGUGGAUCCUGGAGUGAGACUCCAUCAGUUUGAAUCCCAGCUCCACUAAACUCUUUGCCUCCGUGUCUUCGUCUAUAAAAGAGUCUAACUCUCUUCUGAACCAUGGAUCUAUAUAUUUAUUCAUUCAGGAAAUAAAUACUUAUUGAACUCCUGUUGUAUUCCUGGCGUUGUUCAAGGAGAACUAUGCCAUUUUUGGGUCAGGACUGGAGAUCUCCUGGAUGGAGUUGGAUUAAGACAGAAGAUGGCUGGAAGAGAUGUGAAUCCUGUAGUCAGAAACUUGAAAGAGAGAAUAACCAUUGUAACAUCAGUCACAGCAUUAUCUUAAAUAGUGAAGAUGGAGAAAUAUUCAAUAAUGAAGAGCAUGAAUAUGCAUCCAAAAAAAGGAAAAAGGACCAUUUUAGAAAUGACACAAAUACUCAAAGUUUUUAUCGUGAAAAAUGGAUCUAUGUUCAUAAAGAAAGCACAAAAGAAAGGCAUGGCUAUUGCACCUUGGGAGAGGCCUUUAAUCGGUUAGACUUCUCAAGUGCAAUUCAAGAUAUCCGAAGGUUCAAUUAUGUGGUCAAACUAUUGCAGCUAAUUGCAAAAUCCCAGUUAACUUCAUUGAGUGGUGUGGCACAAAAGAAUUACUUCAACAUUUUGGAUAAAAUCGUUCAAAAGGUUCUUGAUGACCACCACAAUCCUCGCUUAAUCAAAGAUCUUCUGCAAGACCUAAGCUCUACCCUCUGCAUUCUGAUUAGAGGAGUAGGGAAGUCUGUAUUAGUGGGAAACAUCAAUAUUUGGAUUUGCCGAUUAGAAACUAUUCUCGCCUGGCAGCAGCAGCUACAGGAUCUUCAGAUGAAUAAGCAAGUGAACAAUGGCCUCACCCUCAGUGACCUUCCUCUGCACAUGCUGAACAACAUCCUCUACCGGUUCUCAGACGGAUGGGACAUCAUCACCUUAGGCCAGGUGACCCCCACACUGUAUAUGCUCAGUGAAGACAGACAGCUGUGGAAGAAGCUGUGUCAGUACCAUUUUGCUGAAAAGCAGUUUUGUAGACAUUUGAUCCUUUCAGAAAAAGGUCAUAUUGAAUGGAAGUUGAUGUACUUUGCACUUAAGAAACAUUACCCGGCGAAGGAGCAGUACGGAGACACGCUGCAUUUCUGUCGGCACUGCAGCAUUCUCUUUUGGAAGGACUCAGGACACCCCUGCACAGCGGCCGACCCCGACAGCUGCUUCACGCCUGUGUCUCCGCAGCACUUCAUCGACCUCUUCAAGUUUUAAAGAGUUGCCCCUGCCAUCCCUGUUGGAGAUUGUGCAUCAUGCUGUCUGUGCAGGGCUCGUAGUGAGUGUUCUGUGAGGUGGGUGGAGGCUCCUGGGAGGCCCCUGCUUCCAGAAAGCCUGGGAAGAACUGCCUUUCUGCACAGGGGGUGCAUGGUUGCAUUUUCAUCAUUGAGGGUCAGAGGCCAAGGAAAUCAUUUCUACUUUAAAAACUCUUCUAAGCAUAUUAAAAUGUGAAAUUUUUCUUA